UCAAAUCUUAAGAUCCACCACACUCGAUCUGACCAGAAGAACACUGUUAUUCCACUCCUUGUUUAUCCACCUUGCAUUCCUCCAUUUCCGUCCAUUUGAGGGUUCGAGCAACACUGUUAUUUCACUGUCAUCUCAGUUGCCUCAAGGAAUAACAUUAGGAAGCCCCCAUCUCUUAUAUCUGAAGAAGUUUGCAUGUCACUGGGAGUACUUUGCACCGCGAUGUGGUAAUCUUGUCACCGCCAAUUAAUUUAGUGCCAACCAACUGAUCAUGCUUCCCGAUCUUUAUGUUCAUUUUCAGGGCCCCAUCAACCAAUGCAGCCAUUUAAAAUGCCGUCACAAUAGUUGCUCACCUCCCACACCACCCCAGCUUCCUACCUCCGAUCCUUCUCUAUAUAUCGUAUGCCGAGCCAAGUCUCCAAAAAUGUGUGACCUACAAACUUCUAGUCUCUUUCUCCUCCUCAGCUUUCUCUAGUCUCCUCUAAGACCAGGUCAUGGGUGUUGAACAGGAAAAGACUGCCAUCUACGAUCACAGGAUAUCGACUGUGGUGCCUGCGACGGUGACCGGCAAUGCUGUCCUGCAUGAACUCACCAAUAUGGACCUCAUCAUGAAGCUGCACUACCUGAGGGCUGUGUACUACUUCAAUCAAAGUGAGAUCACUGAUGGUAUCACCAUUGCCGACCUAAAAAAUCCCAUGUUCUUGUGGCUCAACAUCUGCUAUCCCAUGGCUGGACGAAUUCGGAGGGCGGAGAGUGGACGUCCACUGAUCAAGUGCAAUGACUGUGGGCUGAGGAUCAUCGAAGCUAGGUGUACAAGGACGCUGGGUGAGUGGCUGGACGUGGAGUCGUCGUCGUCGUCGCGUUGGAGGCUCCUCGUACCAGAUAAGGUGCUUGGUCCAGACUUGCAGUUCUCCCCCAUGGUUUACAUGCAGUUUACUAGAUUUAAAUGUGGAGGGAUGGCCAUUGGAUACAGCUGGGCUCAUGUCCUAGGAGAUCCAAUGUCAGCCACAAACUGUAUCAAUCUGUGGGGAGAGUUAUUCAGUGGCAAUCCACCCCCUAAAACUCUUCAGCUAAACAACCACCAAAAGAAAGCAGAAAGUGCAGCAACACAUGUGAAAGUGUCUCCAAAACCAAUUCCAGUCAACCAGGUUGAACUAAUUGGGGAUGGCUGGCUGGCUCCCAACACCCGUAAAAUGGCAACAAAUUCCUUUAGGAUCACAGAAACCAAGCUUAAGAAAAUGCAUCCAGAGCAACUCAAACAAGUCCCAACUUUUGUAAUAAUCUCAGCUAUGAUCUGGAAAUGCUUGGCAAAAAUUCGAAAGAGCAGAGAAUCCAAAAUGGCAACUAUCUGCAGAUACCUCACCUUAGCAAAAUGCAGCAAAAUACUGAACAAUAUGCUCAAAACAAGCACAGUCAGGUUAGAUUCCUCAGCUGCCAAUUUUGGGCUGUUAGAACUAGCAACCUUGAUCUGUAAACAGGAAGCGGAUGAGUCGAAGUCAGUUGAAGAGUUGGUUGACAUAGAAAAUGGGAAGCCAGAUUUUGUGCUUUAUGGGGCAAAUCUCACUUUCGUAGACAUGGAAGGAAUCAACUUAUAUGGGUUAGAGCUCAAGGGUCAGAAGCCUGUACAAGUGGACUACAGCAUUGAUGGAGUUGGUGAUGAAGGAGCAGUUUUGGUGCUACAGGGUCCUCAGAGAACUAAUGAAACCAUCAGCAACCAAGAGAGACUUGUAAUGGUUAUCUUACCAGAAGAUGAGAUCCAACAGCUCUGCGAAUUGCUUAGCAGUGAAUUUGGCAUCGCUCAAGAUCUGAAGAUAAACCAUAAACUCUCUGUAACAAACAUGUAAACCUGGAAGUGAAUGUUUCGAGGAUGUCAAGUUGUCUUAAUUGCCUAAGUAUAUCAGAUUAAUAGUAAGUUGUUGUCUGCUAAAUAA